AUGGGUGGUAUAUUGAAGAAUCCUUUACCCCAGGAGCAAAAUGCCGUUGAUGCAGAGGAGUCUAUUGCAGAUUUUAGGAAACAAGUGUACGAAAAUACUCAACUGAAUGCGCAGUUGACCUCAAGUAAAGGAGGAGGAGGAUCAAUAAGUGGUAUGAAAAAUCUACCUAAGGACAUAUUAUCACUGAAACACCAGCAGGAGGCAGAAGAACAACUACAAUGGAAUCAAAGGAACUUGGAUGAAAAUGAGAUCACGAAAAAACAAUACCAAGAUAUACAUGUGGAUGAACCGAAGACUCCGUAUCAAGGUGCCGUUGACCCGGAAGGAGAAUAUUAUAAAGCCGAUGAUGAAGUGGACCUUGAUGACUUUAGCCUUGGCGAGGCGGAGUAUAAAAUGAACGAUAACAAAGAAGCGGAUUUUGCAAUUCAAGACCCCAAACCGACACCGGAUUCGAGCAAGUCACAGGAUGAACUCGACGCCGAAGAAAAACACAGGCGAUUCCAGGAAAUGAGAAAAAAGCAUUAUAACAUUAAAGAAGCAUUGCAAGAAGGAAGUCUGUCAGAAGAUGAAGAGACAUAA